CCUCACUGCAAAAUUCAUCUUAGUCUCCUUCCAUUUUUCAUCUAAUUUCAUUACAGCAAUAAAGCUAGCUAGCAGUGAUGGAGCAAAUAGCCGAGCGCCAUAACCGCACAGACAGCGCCAUGAUCCUCGGCAUUGGCACCGCCAAUCCGGAGAACUAUGUGUACCAGGCCGACUACCCUGAUUUCUACUUCAGGGUCACCAAGGGCGAACACAUGCCCGAUCUCAAAGAGAAGAUGAAGCGCAUUUGUGAGAAGACCUGCAUCAAAAAGCGUCACAUGUAUCUCACCGAGGAGAUGCUUGAAGGGAUGCCCAAUCUCUGUGCCUGUUUGGCUCCGUCUAUGGACACCCGUCAAGAGAUAUUAGUGGAGGAAAUUCCAAAGCUGGCCAAAGAAGCAGCUCUCAAGGCAAUCGAAGACUGGGGACAACCACUCUCUAAGAUUACUCAUGUGGUCUUUGGCACAACCUCUGGUCUUGAUAUGCCUGGUGCUGAUCUGCGGCUUGUGGAGCUCCUUGGUCUCGACCAUUCCGUCCAACGAUUCAUGCUCGGCCACCAAGCUUGUGCUGGUGGUGGUUGCAUUCUCCGACUAGCCAAAGAUAUUGCUGAGAAUAACCCUGGUGCAAGAGUUCUUGCUGUAUGCUCUGAACUCACAGUUUGUAUUUUUAGUGGCACCUGCCAUACCCAUUCCGAUUUGCUUGUUAGCCAGGCACUAUUUGGCGAUGGGUCAUCAGCGUUGAUCGUUGGUUCAAACCCUGACAGAUCCACCGAAACUCCAAUUUUUGAAGUUGUGGGAGCUUAUCAACACACAAUUCCAAACUCUCGAGAAGCAGUCGAAAUCCACUCCCGUGAAGCUGGGCUCAUUGUUUACCUGGCCAGGACCUUGCCUGGCCACGUAUCCAACAAUAUUGAGAAAUGCUUGGUCGAUGCUUUCACUCCGCACGGAGUUAGUGAUUGGAACUCACUUUUUUGGGUUGCCCAUCCAGGUGGUCGAGCUGUUUUGGACCUGAUUGAAUCAAAGCUCAACUUGGACGAGGAAAAGUUGUUAGCUAGUCGUCAUGUGCUGAGUGAAUAUGGAAAUAUGGCAAGUGCUUGUGUGUUUUUCGUUCUAGAUGAGAUGAGAAAGCGGUCGAUCAAGGAAAAAAAGGCUACCACCGGUGAAGGAUGCGAAUAUGGUGUGCUGUGUGGAUUUGGACCUGGAUUGACAAUAGAAACAGUUGCGCUGCGCAGUAUCGCCAUAGAAUCCCUCGACUAAAGCUGGUUGCUUGAUUGUUGGACGCAUGCUUAUAUGUUAUUAUUUAUGUUUGGACAAGUAAAAUGUACUUGUAGUAUUUUAUUCAUUGCGUGAGACAGUAGGCAAUAAGCCUAAGGUUGCUCAAUGAGCACUUGUGGCUUCCAUAAAGGGCCUGCUUAAUUAGUAAUUUAUUUAAAAGGGAGAGGGAUCUUCGUUAUGUUUAUAUCAAGUGGCCAUGCCAUGAGUCUGAGAAUUCAAUUCAGCUUUUAUAUAUGAGAUUUAUUAUGCAA